ACAUCUCGCUUAUCGACUCUCAAACAUCAUGAAUCUGUUUUUGAUCACCGUAAGUUCGGCCCUCUUGGUGGGCUGCAGUGCUGGUGGUCUCUACGGAGGUGGAGGUGGACACAUCGGCGGUGGACACAUCGGCGGUGGACACAUCGGCGGUGGACACAUCGGCGGUGGACACAUCGGUGGUGGACACAUAGGUGGUGGUCAUCUAGGAGGACAUGGCGGAAUUGGUGGUGGUUAUCGCAGGGGUCACGGAGCAGUUAUCAUCCCAGCCAUCGGGGGCCUAGUUAGCUCCAAAACUAUCUACGGUAUUGGAGGCGGUCAUGGCAUCGGAGGCGGCAUUGGAGGUGGCUUUGGAGGCGGCAUUGGAGGUGGCUUUGGAGGCGGCAUUGGAGGUGGCUUUGGAGGCGGCAUUGGAGGUGGAUUUGGAGGAGGCAUUGGUGGUCAUGGUGGCGGUUUGUAUGGUCGCAGGUAUGGAUAAGGACAAAAAAUGUUUUGAUCUGAAAUGCUACUAAAUUCUCUGGAUAAAAAAAGGCUUUUACCUAGUGAAAAUUAUUCAAUAAAAUUAUUGAUACUUCA